AUGGAGUUUCGACCUGAGAAAGUGAUCACACCUGUUGGUGCAGUAUUAGGUCGAAGUGCAACGCUACCUUGUGAGAUAGAACCCAAUAUCAGAGAAGACAGGGUGUAUAUGGUGCUAUGGUACAGAGAUGGUCAUGCAAAGCCAAUAUAUAGUUUUGACGUGAGAGGUAGACCGUUCAAUAAAGCGUUACAUUGGACGGAUCCAAAAAUGUUCGGACCAAGAGCAUACUUCGUAACUGUAUCGAAACCUGCCUCCUUGACCCUUGACGGGGUCCAGCUAGACGACGAAGGGGUUUAUAGAUGUAGGGUAGAUUUCAAGACGUCUAGAACGAGAAACUUCGCCCUCAACCUGACUGUUAUCGUUCCCCCACAUCAAAUUCUUCUAUACGACAACUCCGGAAGAGAUGUGAAUGGAAUUGUUGGGCCACUUGAAGAGGGAGCAGAUCUCAUACUCACCUGCGAAGUUAGAGGAGGGAGACCGCCCCCCACGGUAACUUGGUUCGUGAACGACAAAAUGUCAGAGGGCAGACUGGAGGCCAUCGGCAACCACGUCACCGUCAACCGUUUGGAGGUGGCGAACGUACGCAGAGACCAUCUGAACUCUACGUUCAAGUGCCAAGCUAGCAACACGAAGCUGAUGAUGCCUGCCGAGAAGACUGUCAGUCUUGAACUCCUUCUGCGACCCCUAUCAGUGGUCAUCACCAGAAAACCGCAUCAAAUGAUAGCCGAUCAAGAAUACACGAUCCGAUGUAGGGUUGAAGGUUCUAGGCCGAAGGCAACCAUCACCUGGACAAGGGAAAACAGGGUGUUCAGACGAGGGAAGAUCACAGAAGAAGGCAACGAGACAGAGGUAAUUAGUGCAGUGACAUUCGCGCCAGUUCCUGAGGACGAUGGUACAUUUUUGAAGUGUAUUGGUGACAAUCCGAAGCUUAUAAGCGUUGCACAAGAAGAUUCCUUCAAACUCAACGUAGUAUAUCCGCCUCAAGUUCAGCUGAAACUGGGCACCACCCUCAACCCAGACAAUAUCAAAGAGGGAGACGACGUGUACUUCGAGUGCAAUAUCAGGGCUAAUCCAAAAGAACACAAAAUUACCUGGUAUCACGACGGAGAAUUGGUGACACAGAACAUGUCAUCUGGAAUCAUUAUCAGCACUCAUAGUUUAGUGCUACAGAGUGUGACAAGAAAGCAGAGUGGAGAGUACAGCUGUGUGGCCUCCAAUUCAAGGGGGGAAAGAUCUAGUGUUCCUGUAAAAUUGAGAGUGAGAUAUGCUCCUGUGUGUAAAGACGAAGAAGUGACCAUAAUCGGAGCUUCCUUAGACGAAGUGCUCAAGGUCAGGUGCCAAGUGUCUGCAGACCCCGCAGAGGUCCAUUUCGUCUGGCAAUUCAGCAACAGCGGCGAAAGCUUCGACGUCUCGCCGGCCAGAUUCGCCACCUCUAGUGCCAACGUGAGCGAGCUCAUGUACACCCCCGCUUCCCAGAGGGACUACGGAACGCUGACGUGCUGGGGCAAGAACGUCAUAGGGAGGCAGCAGGAGCCUUGCGUCUUCCAGGUGGUGUCAGCUGCCAAACCGGGUGCGCCGACAAACUGCACCCUUCGGGCUCCCGUCAACCGGACUUCGGAGAUCCUGGACGUCGAAUGCAGGCCGGGCUACGACGGCGGCCUGCCGCAGAUUUUUAUGCUGGAGGCCUACGACGCGAACAACAUGAAGAUGAGGCUUAAUCUGACCAGCCUGAGCCAGGAGUUUCCCCUCUUCAGGUUGGAACUGAACGAUCUGCCGCCCUGGGAAGGAUCGCCCCCGGCCUUGAGAUUGGUAAUUUAUGGGAUGAACGCGAAGGGCAAGGGGGAGAAGGUGGUGCUGGAGGAUAUAAUGCUGAACGACGCCGAGAAGAGGACAGAUGGCGGCACCAACAUAAGUAUGCUUCCAAUGGCAGCCUUAUUGACAGGCUCGCUCUUAACUUUAGCCCUAGGGGUAUUUGUAGUGGUGGUGAUCACUAUGAAACGAAGGCAUCGACACUGUGGGGGCUCGCAUUGCGCUCUACAGCUAGAUCCCAAACAACCAAAGCCUCCAGUGCCUGGGUCCAUGUUGGAGAUUAACACAGGCGACAAUAGAUACGUAGUAGCGUAUACUGUGAAACAGAACAGCGAUUGUCCCAUGGGUGCCCAAUUGACAGUUUGUACGACAGGGACAAACGAUACAAGGCAGCCGGACAUACUAAAUACGCCGAGAGGUGGAGACUCUACAACGCCUCCAUCUGCAGGAGGACCCUUACCUCGUCCAGACGCCCUCUUCACGCCUCCAGCUGAAAGGUCGAAGCCAAAUAUAUUCACAAAUAACACGUAUCAAAAACAAAUAGAUCAGGCGACCCCUCCAGACAAUUGUGCCACUUUGGGGCGUAGCAGACCAAGGCCUAGAGACAUGUCUUUUUCAACGUUCGCCACGAUGAGAAGGGACCACAUAAUUGCAGACUCCAUACCAGGUCCCGAGAGUUGUGUGUAAAGAUUUUUGUCAAUUUAGUGAAUUAAACUUAAGGAUAAACUUCUUCAAACUUUGAGUGUUAUAAAAUGCCUAAAAUAUGUUUUAAUACCGCUCUAUGUGAUAGAAGAAAUACAAACUAGGAAAAUGAAGUGAGUAAUAUUCACAAAAACUAAUUUAAAGCCUCCUUGAGUGUGAAUAUAUACAUUAAAAUAAAAUAAUCCUAUUGAUGAACUUCCAAUGACAAAUCUCAAGAUAGUGUUGAAUUGUUCCAAAUUGAGCAGGAGUACCUAGAAGAGUUAAGUGGACCAUAAAAUCAAUAUAUUGUGGUCGAAGAGUCUCAAUUGAAAUAAUUUUCAGAAAAUGGGAAGUAACUUAUCUCCGACAGUUUCCAACUGCUAACAUAUUUUUUUCUGUAAAACAAAACAUGUAUAUCUCAUUGUACACUCAUUUCGAAACAAAAUUAAUUGCUCCUUAAUUGAUUAGGAAUUCAUCUCAUCAGUUUCAUUGAAAACUUCAUAUAUAAACUACAAAGUCCUUCCCAUCUUCAAACUCAAACUUGUAUUAUACAGAAUGUAAAAUAUAAAUGUAAAUAUGUAAUUGGUAUAAUUGUUCGAGAAAAUGAUAAAUAUGUAAUUAAGUACCUAUUGCUUGCAACAAAAUAUGUUGCAGGAUAAUGAGUGUUUUGUACAAUAAUAAAAGUGUAAAUAUGGAAAAUGUGUCCUACCUAGUAUGAUUUAAUAUAUGUAAAAUAAAUUUAAAGACAGCUAAAAGUGUGCUAUUGAAAGAAUUUUGUUAAUGUAGAUAAAAGGAUGAGAGAACAGAGUAUUGAUAUGAAAAAUAAACAUU